AAAAGUCUGCUGCUUUUUCUCACAGGCUUAAACGCCGAUUUGAAUUGAUUCGUUCUCUAUUGGUUUGGAGUUGAAAACAGGAUUUGCAAAUGCGAUAAUACCUGCACCGACCUGAUUUCUUCACUUCGAUUUUUUUUUUCUCUAUCAACGACACGACAAUGAAACGAUGCAAAAGUUGUGGUCAGAGUUUGAGCAAUGAGGACAAGAUCAGUGACUUACCUGAAGCUCUGCUUCUGCAGAUAUUGUCUUUACUUCCAACAAAAGAUGUUGUAGCCAUGACUAUCUUGGCUAAACGAUGGCGGUAUCUUUGGAAGAUGGUGCCUAAUCUUGAGUUUGAUUACAAUGGCAGGACUACUCUCGAGACAUUUUCCAAUAAUGUUUGCAGGUGUUUGCUUUCGCAUCAAGCUCCGGUUCUACAGAGUUUGCAUAUCAGUAUUAGUAUUGAGGAAGCUACUAGUAUAGAUAUCGCAAUAUUACUUGGAAUUGCAUUUGGACUCCAUGUGCGUAAGUUGGUACUCACUGUUUACAUUGAGGAAGAGCCGUUCAAAUUUCCAAGCAGUUUGUAUAACUGCGAAACACUAGAGACCUUGGAAUUUGGAGCUUCUUUUGGUUCCAUUCUUGUAGAUGUCCCUUCUCCGGUGUGUCUGAAAUCCCUUAGAACUCUACACCUUCUCCAAGUGGAAUACAAAGGCGAUGAAUCAAUACUUAACCUUUUAUCUGGCUGUAUUAAUCUUGAAACUUUGGUGGUUAAUCGAAAUGGACAUGACAGUGUGGAUACUUUCACUAUUGCCUCGCCAUCCUUACAGAGGCUAACAAUUAUUGAUGAUACUAAUGGUUCGGUCUUUGAGAUAUAUGUCCCUUCUUUGAAAUACUUGAAGAUUGAAGGGCGUCUUGGUGGAGGUCGAUAUUUGUUGACUGAGAAUGUGCCUGAGCUGGUGGAGGCAGAUAUUGACAUCGAUGGUGCAAUGUACGAGAACAUUCUGGGAUCUCUCACUUCAGUUAAACGUCUUUCCUUGAAGGUAUCACCCUUGGAGAUUACACUUCCUAUCAGUAGUACCUUUUAUCACUUGACUUAUUUGGAGCUAUGUACAUAUAAAUCUGAUUGGUGGAAUCUACUUACGUUCAUGCUCGAUAUUUCUCCUAAUUUACAAGUCCUCAAGCUCAUCGGUUUCAAGAUACAAUGGGAUAAGUUUAUAGAUCAGGAGCCUUGGGGGAAAUGGAACAAACCGAAGAAUGUUCCUGAAUGUUUUUUGCUCCACCUCGAAACAUUGCUGUGGACAUGUUAUGAAGCGAGACUAGAAGAUGAGAUAGAGGUGGCAAAAUAUAUCCUAAGGAACGCAAGGCGUUUGGAAAAGGCAACUUUCUCCAAACUUGAAAUUUGUUCGGACAAGAGAGUUGAGAUGGUUCAGGAACUCAAAAGCGUGGUCAGGGCUUCGAAGUCAUGUCAACUUGUGUUCAAAUGAAACUUACACAUAUAUAUAUUUGUAGAGUUUUAUUUGUCAUGAUGGGCAGGUUUGGUACUCUUUCAUUUGGUAGACCCAUUUAUAAUUUUCUGAUUUGGUUGAGUUUGAUGUUGGAACGCAUCUAAGAUGUUGCAAUCCAUAGAGACUAGUGUGGUUAUCAUGCAUGCUCGUGUUAUACUGCCACGAAGCUCCUGUUCAGUCCUUGGUUGUGACUUUGAAGCCUGAUUCUUGGGAUUGA